UGGAUGCCAUUCCCCGGCAGUAUCUCUUAUCUCGCCCCCGCAAGAUCGGCACCUCCCCGCAUGUUGGAGGUGCAGAAGGUUGCUGUACCAUGCCAUCAUCGGCUCUUAAAGUGUCGGGCGAUGGGACAUCUUCGGCCGAGAUCAGCGUCCUGUCCGAGACAAAUUUGAAGCCGUGCCACUCGCCGCUGGCUAUGUCAGGCCCGACGACUCCAUCAUGCUUCUUUCUUCAUCGACUAGGUACUUGCGUGGGCUCCUAAGGAAAGCCCAGGAGGUAGGUAUUUAGUUGUGGGCAGCACCGUGAGACCACCGUCUUCAUGAUCUGCCCAUAAGCCCGCGUUUUUCUCGUUGUUUCAGCUGUUCUUCCCUCCUGCUGCAUCAAGACGGUCCAGCCAAAACCAUGGCUACCAAAAAACGUUACGCCUUUGUGGGCACCGGUGGCCGGUCGAGCUUCUUCUACACAGCCAUUGCGACCGACUACCACGCCACGUCGUGCAUCGUGGCCCUCUGCGACACCAACCAGACCCGCAUGGACUACGCCAACAGCCGGCUGACCGCCCUCGGCCACGGCGCCGUGCCGACCUUCCUCGCCGACAACUUUGACAAGAUGAUCGCCGACACCGAGCCCGACGAGGUCAUCGUCACGACCAUCGACCGCACCCACCACACCUACAUCGUGCGCGCCCUCGAGCUGGGCUGCAACGUGGUGACGGAAAAGCCCAUGACCAUCGACGCGGCCCGGUGUUUGGACAUCUUCUCGGCCGUCGACCGCACGGGGCGCGCCGUCCGCGUGACCUUCAAUUACCGGUACGCGCCGCACAACACCAAGGUGUUUGAGCUGCUCCGGGCCGGCGCCAUCGGCGCCGUCACGUCAGUGCACUUUGAGUGGAUGCUCAACACGUCUCACGGCGCCGACUAUUUCCGGCGGUGGCACCGCGACAAGCGCAACAGCGGCGGCCUGCUGGUGCACAAGUCGACGCACCACUUCGACCUAGUCAACUUCUGGCUGCAGACGCGCCCGCUGUCGGUGUAUGCUCAGGGAGACCUCACGUUCUACGGCAGAGAGAACGCCGAGAAGAAGGGGGUUACCGGGUUUUAUAACCGUGCCUGGGGCAGUGAGGUCGCCAAGAAGGAUCCCUUUGCGUUGCACCUCGAGAGCAUUCCGACGCUGAAGGCGCUGUAUCUUGAUGCCGAGCAUGAAGACGGGUAUUACCGCGACCAGAGCGUCUUUGGGGACGGCAUUAGCAUCGAGGAUACCAUGAACGUGCUGGUGCGGUACCGCAACGGGGCCGUCAUGACCUACUCGCUGACGGCGUAUGCGCCGUGGGAGGGAUUCAGGGUCAACUUCAACGGCACUGGCGGGAGGUUAGAGACGGAGGUUGUCGAGAACAGCUAUGUCAAUUCGGGUGGUGAUCAGUCGCUGGAGGGAUCAAUUGAGCGGAGGUCGAUCCUGCUGCGGCCGCUGUUUGAACCGCCGCGAGAGAUCGAGAUCGAGGCGAGCAAGGGGGCUCACGGCGGAGGAGAUAAUGUGUUGCUGCAGGACCUGUUUGGGGAGCCAGUGACGGACGAGUACAUGCGGGCUGCGAGCCACAUUGACGGAGCAGCGUCGAUAUUGACGGGCAUUGCUGCUAACAAGUCGAUUGCUACUGGUCAGGUUCUGUACGUCGAUGACAUUUUAGAAGUUCCCAGUUAAAAGACAUCCAGACUACAUCAUUUAGACAGAUAAGUAAGGUAACGUUAGUG